CAGGCAUUUGAAGUUCUGGAUGCAACCAAGCCGAUUCCGGUCUCGUGCAAACAACUUGGGAUUGGUGUAACUCAUCAGGGACAAAUUUUAUACAUCGAUGUCGAAUAUCCAGAGGAAUGUUGGGGCAAGGGCGAGUUUGAUGCACGUGAUGCGAUUCAGAGUGUUUUCGAUUGCUCAUACAUGAAAACAGAUCGUGUUGUUUAA